CUAAACCCCUUUUCUCUCUCUCUCUCUAAGCCGCCAAAAAAGAGCCCUAAAUUCCAAAACUCCGCUCUUUUUUAAAACCCUAGCGCUCGAUCAAUCUCACUCUCGAGAUCGAUCGAUCGAUCAAUGGGUUCGUUCGUGAGCCACGCCGACUCUCCUUCUCCUCCACUUCCGUCGCCGGCGGGCCUGGCGACGUUGCUUCCGCCGCCGAAGGAGGAGAAGGAGAAGGCGCCGGAGAAAGUCGACUACUUCAACCUCCCGUGUCCAGUCCCGUUCGAGGAGAUCCAGAGAGAAGCGUUGAUGUCUUUGAAGCCUGACCUUUUCGAAGGAUUACGUUUUGACUUUACAAAGGGUUUGAGCCAGAAGUUUUCUCUGAGUCACAGUGUCUUUAUGGGCUCGACGGAACUUCCUUCACAAUCUUCGGAGACUGUCAAAGUUCCUACUUCACAUUAUGAAUUUGGAGCCAAUUUUCUUGAUCCAAAGCUGAUGCUUAUUGGGAGGAUGAUGACUGAUGGAAGGAUGAGUGCACGAGUCAAAUGUGAUUUGACUGAUAAUCUUAUCAUGAAGGUCAAUGCGCAGCUUACAAAUGAACCCCAUUAUUCUCAAGGAAUGUUCAACUUUGAUUAUAAGGGUCAUGAUUACAGGGCUCAGUUCCAGAUAGGUAACAACGCCUUUUAUGGGGGCAAUUAUAUUCAAAGUAUUACACCAAAUUUGUCUUUAGGGACUGAAGUUUUUUGGCUUGGUCAACAAAGAAAGUCUGGUAUUGGUUUUGCUGCUCGGUAUAACACAGAUAAGAUGGUUGCAACUGGUCAAGUUGCAAGUACUGGCAUAGUUGCACUAAGCUAUGUACAGAAAAUAUCUGAAAAGGUUUCCCUUGCUUCUGAUUUUAUGUACAAUCACAUGACAAGAGAUGUCACUUCAAGCUUUGGCUAUGAUUAUAUUCUAAGACAGUGUCGUUUAAGGGGGAAAGUGGAUUCGAAUGGUUGCAUAGCUGCAUUCUUGGAAGAAAGAUUAAAUAUGGGGGUGAACUUCAUCCUUUCUGCAGAGGUCGACCAUAGAAAGAAAGACUACAAGUUUGGCUUUGGGUUGACGGUUGGCGAGUAAGCUUAAGAUGAAACCAUUGGAUUUCUAUUUGCAACUUCCACUGGUUGGCUGUUGCCUAACUUGAAUUGGCUGCCUUAGGAUACCAUUCCUUCAGUAUGUUGCAAAUUAAGAUGAAAUGUUGUUUUAUUGGUUUUGUAUUUUUUUUUCGAGCUGAUUUUAAAUAUAUUUGGAUGUGGCAUACAUUUUUAGCAACCGUUUCAUAAGCUGGCAUUCAAAAAGCCAUGAUUUUUCCCUUCCCAAGUUGAUGAACAAUUUGCUAGUGUCUUGCUCAGUUGGAAGAAUGUAUCACUUAUCACAUAGGCCUUUUGUGCUGUGGUUAACAUUUCUAUUUUGUUCUC